AAGUAACAAGCUCCGGUAAUGGCUAGAAUCAAUCAAUUUACAUGAAUGCAAAAAUUCCAAUAUACUUCAAUUUCAUCAGUCACCUGUAACGACUAAAGUUUGUAAGAUUGUUAGUGUCUGCGGAGGGUGAUUUCUAAAAUCAUAGCAUAAUAAAUACCUGGUUUUAGUUUUAAAUUAAUUAAAUUAUUGUGAGCAAUAUGGUAACUAUAGUAAAUAUUAAAGGAUUUGAUGAGUUUGCUAGUUACACCGAACACAUAGAUCCAAAUGGUCCCAUGACUCUUUUCUACUUCAGCGGUUCAAAGACGAAUAAUGGGAAGAGUUGGUGUCCUGAUUGCGAAGUGGCUGAACCAAUAGUAAAGGCAUUUUUGGGUGAACUGAAGAAAAAUGUGACUUUCGUGUUUGUUGAUGUUGGUGAUAGAGAUUAUUGGAAAGAAAAAACAUGUCCAUUCCGAUUGGAUAGUCGCACAAGACUAAUGGUUAUUCCAACAAUAAUUAAAUGGAAAGGUGUUCAAAGACUUGAAGGUUCCCAGUGUAACAAUAGAGAACUGCUACAAAUGCUAUUUGAAGAUGAGGAUGAUUAAAUUUUUUUAUUGAACAUAUAAUACACACUAAUAAUGUUGAAUGAAUAUUUAUUAUAUUUGGUAUGUUACAGUACCUUUUUUCCAUAACAUUCAAUGUUUAUGGAGUGUUAGUGUCUGUUAGUAUAUUUAUUGUUGUUCAAUAAUUUUGUAGUGGGUAUUAUUGUAUGUAAAUUUGGUAAAAGAUAGGUGUAGAGAUAUCUUUUGUAAUACAAUAUUCAACCUGGUUAAUAGAAAUUAAACCAUUUUUGAAUUACGAUUAUAAAUCUACAUCCUUUUUUUGGGAAUUUUUUUUAUGUAGUCUCUUGUAUAAAUUUAUUCUUGAAUUGUUUCAGUUUUAAAAACAGUGAUGUAACAUGGAAUUUAAUAUC